AACGAACCACUUUUCCCUCAACUCACCAUCUUACUUCCCAUAACCCACAAUCCACAAUCCACAAUCACAUCUUCCAAACCACACAUUUUGAAUCAAUAACAACUGCAACAAAAAGAAACCGCCCACCAUGGCCAAAAAGCGCUUCACCAUGCUGGAAAACCACCCAGAAGUCAUGAACCAACUAGCCCGCGAUCUCGGCUUCGACACCAACGUCUACUCCUUCCGCGACAUCUGGUCCCUCACCGACGACGACCUACUAGCCUUCAUCCCCAGACCAGUCUUAGCACUCCUCGUCAUCAUCCCCCUCACACCCACGUGGAACGAAGCGCGCACAGCCGAAGACAAAGACAAGCCCGAGUACUCCGGUAAAGGCGAAGACGAACCCGUCAUCUGGUUCAGACAAAUCAUCGGAAACGCAUGUGGCAGCAUAGGUCUCGUACACUGUCUCCUCAACACCGAAGCCUCAAAGUACAUCCGUCCAGACUCCACGCUCGAUGACAUCCGCAAGGACGCGAUACCAAAGGGCAUUGAGGAGCGCGCAAAAGUGCUCGAGGCUUCCGACGCGUUUGAGAAGGCGCAUAGGGCUGCGGCAAAGGAAGGUGAUACGGAUGAGAUUCCUGUGGGUCAGAACAACGGGCAACAUUUUGUGGCAUUUGUUAAGGCAAGGGAUGGCCAUUUGUGGGAGCUGGAGGGUGAUCGUAAGGGUCCGCUUGAUCGGGGGCUGCUAAAGGAGGAUGAGGAUGUGCUUAGUCCUGCGGCGCUGGAGAAGGGUAUUGGAAGGCUGAUGAGGAUUGAGAGUGAGAAGGGCGGGGAUCUUAGGUUCUCUGCUAUUGCGUUGGCACCUACCCUUGAUUAGGGGAUCUUGAGAUGACAAAUAAAAUUUAUGGGUGUAGGGUGAUAUAUCUGGGUAUUUGUUUUUCGGGUUUGGGCUGGCAUCACAAAAAGUCAUAGGUACAGAGUGCUAGCAUGAUGCGUACCUUUUACAGGCUAAUGUAUUGCCAUUCUGUUCA